CUUUCCACCCUUCUCCUUCGCCGGCGCGGAUCUACUUCCGGUGGCUGCCCGGAACCGGCGCUUGCGAGGGAGGAUUAGGGGGAGGGACGCGUUUACUGGGCGGUGAUGGCGGCCUGGAGUGGGGGUAGCUGCCUGGAUGCGCUGGGCCCCGGAGAGCUGCUGUCGGCGGCUCAGGCUGUCUCCCUGCCGGCCGAGGCCUAUGGCAACGACCCUAACAUUGAGAUGGUUUGGGCCAUGAAGGCUAUGCAGCAUGCUGAGGUUUAUUACAAUUUGAUUUCUUCAGUUGACCCCCUGUUCCUGAGACUCACUAAAGUGGAUGACCAAAUCUAUUCAGAGUUCCGAGCGAACUUUGGGAAGCUCAAGAUAGAUGUAUUGGACCCAGAAGAGCUCAAAUCAGAGCCAGCUAAAGAAAAGUGGAGACCAUUUUGCAUGAAGUUCAGUGGUAUUGUUGAAGAUUUCAAUUAUGGUACGCUGCUGAGGCUGGACUGUACUCAGGGGUAUAGUGAAGAAAACACUAUCUUUGCCACCAGGAUACAGUUUUUUGCUAUUGAAAUAGCUAGGAACCGGGAAGGUUAUAACAGAGCUGUUUACAACAGUGCUCAGCAGAACGGCGCAGCAGAGAAAGACAGCACUAUGUCCAGGUAAAGACUGCAGGAGCUACCAGUCAUUCAGAUCACUGGAUCUGAUAGCCAAGAGAACUUUCAGGAACUUUUGUGGAUUAAAGAGGCGUCAUUAUUUGGCAUCUGCUCUGUGUAGUUUCCUGAUUGGACCACUGAAGGUGUCACACAAACUCUUCUCAGGGUGUAUAAAAGAGGCAGUGUUCACAACUGUUCAAGGAGCAAUCACUCAAAAAAAAUUUUUUUUUGAUCUUGUGACUAGUAGGGAUAUAGGCCAUACCUUAAGAAAAUACACAAAAAUACAAGACAUUGUUGGGUGUGUUUGUGAACUUUAUAUGGAAACUUUUAUAAAAAGGACAUUUCUUUAUAUUUUACCCUUCUUGGUUCUUUUUCAGUGUUCUCAGAAGUAAAUAGUUCUGGAAAUGUAUGUGCUCUUUAAAUUGCUCUAAGUCUAGGGCAACUAUAUAACAGCUGCCAGCUUUGCUAUAUCUCUUGUACAUUUGUGGGUUAACAGUUUAUACCAUUUCCUGUAAUGUCUAAAAGCACGUUUGGUUACAAUGGUAACCUGCCAGCUAUUGGCAUUAUAUCAGUCAUUAUGUUUUAAUAUCCAUCCCAUGGCUAGAACACUUAAACAAUGGAUGAGAAUAAAUUCAGUAGAAACCAUUGAAGUUUAUUGGCGGUCACAAUGCUUACACUGUAUGUAGCAAACACCCUUACAAGUCAACCGUCAAUCUGACCACGCAAGAAAGGACCCAACACACAAUCGCCAGAGGAAAGAACAAAAAAACAAAACAAAACACAAAACAGAAA